AUAGACCAACACCGUUGAUACCGCCCACAGUCAGCAGCUAGAGCGAACCAACCACCGCAAUCGCGGAUAACUCUUGACCUCCACGGACCGUCGAUACAACUGAUUCGACUCGAUCAUCCGCCGCGCGAGAGAAAGAAAUGGCAUCGGGGUGGGGAAUCACCGGCAACAAAGGGCGGUGCUACGAUUUCUGGGUGGACUUCAGUGAGUGCAUGUCUCGCUGCCGUGAGCCCAAGGACUGCGUCCUCCUCCGCGAAGACUACCUCGAGUGCCUCCACCACUCCAAAGAGUUUCAACGAAGGAAUCGAAUUUACAAGGAGGAGCAGCGUAAAAUAAGGGCAGCUGCACGGGCCAAGGAGGGUGGAGAGGUUCAUAAGCAUCAGCAUCCAUAGCAGAAAUCGACCAUCUUUUGAACUGAAGGAGUAAUAAAUGUGUGGAGAACGAACGCUGUAUCUUUGCCGAGACUGGUCUUUUACUUGAUUAUGGUCAAUUUAGUUUUACUUUUAGUAGCUGCAGAUUCGACAUUCAUUUGCUUGGUGACUUAAACUGGUGUUUCUGCCCUUUCUAGACUAAUAUGACUUGGAAUAUAAACCCGAUUCCUUUUCAAA